CCCUAGCUGGAACCUCCCCUUCCCUAAUAGCGACCUUGCAGCCGCCGAGAUCAUCGCGUACUGCCCGCACUGGCUGAAGAGCGCCCGCUCGUCAGGUCAACAACGCCUUCGGUGCCGGCAGCCCUAGCUGGAACCUCCCCUUCCCCAAUGGCGACCUCACAGCCGCCGAGAUCAUCGCAUACUGCCCGCACCGGCUGAAGAGCGUCGACGUUAUCGACUGCUUCGUUACCAACGGCGGCAAGUCGCACGCCAUCUCCAUCAUGAUCAACGAGUUCCGAUACCAGCCCGGAGGUGACACGACCUUCGCAUGAUGAUUCAGUACGCCAUGCGGCGGGCGGGCUUCGAGAACUGGACGGAUCUCACUCAGAGCGGGCCCGCAAUGGUGAAUGGGAUGAGACGUCCUUCGGUUCGACUGCUCGCUGCAAGGCAGAUCCUGGACUCCUCAUCCAAAUGCACCGGCGUGUGGCAGCAACCACGCCUCUAUGGAGACGCGUUACUACUUCAUCCGCUACGUUCAGGUCAGUACGCCAUGCGGCGGGCGGGCUUCGAGAACUAGACUGUCGGAUCUCACUCAGAGUGGGCCCGCAAUGGUGAAUGAGAUCCCGCCGAAAGCGGUCUUCGCCUCACAGGCCGCCCGAGUCUGGGGUUCUCAAUUCGCAUCCAGCUCUCAGAUUGUCCUUCGGUUCGACUGCUCGCUGCAAGGCAGAUCCUGGACUCCUCAUCCAAACGCACCGGCGCGCGGCAUCAACCACACCUCUAUGGAGACGCGUCACUACUUCACCCGCUACGUUCAGGGCUACCCCGAGGAGAACAAGUUCGGGGCCCAGAAAGAGCUGUUUCGAGGGUUCGGCAGCCUAGAUGGGCUUGCCGGGCUUCCGUUCAAAAUCCUCUUCCGGCGGCGGGAGAGACUCAGGGUUGAGUGGGCCUCGGGCUAGGGCGGGGGCCAGCUGUUCGUCCUCGUCGUCCGGGAUCGUGAUAACCUCGUGCUGUUGCUGGUUCGGGCAAGCAACGGAUUGUGCCCUGGCGGUCCCCUAGCUACCGGUUCCCUGUGCCAGCCGACGCACUGCUGCUGGGCCAGCGUAAAAGGUCUGCAUGGCUGUUACGGCGGCAUUCGCGUAGUUGAAGCCAGCAGGCAGCGGCGGAAAUGCCGUGGCCUGGUAGUGCCUAGCAGCCGGCGGUCCAGCCUGGAAGUUAGCCGCGCCGAAAUUCGCGCCCCAGCCGGGGCCAAGAUACUGGCAGGUGUAUUAAUCUAGAUGAUUUCGUCCUGCUUCGGGCACCCGUGGAGCCUGGCAAGGCGCCCCGCCAAGCCAGCCAGUCGGCGGCACCU